UGUCAGCUUGACAACGUCUUCAGAACUCACGAGCUUUGCCCUUGACUGUCGCACGUGAGUCAGUUCAGCCUCCUAACUUCAUGCGUAACUGGAAGCUAGUCGGACUAGCUGGAAGAACUGACCUCAAACUGCUCGGCUGUCUACUUGUUUUAGUCUAAGCACCGGCUGUACUUAACCUAACGUCCGGCUAGACUCGGUCAUAAUGUCCGGUAACAGUAAGUCUCUGUUGUUUCUGCUGCAGCGGUGUGUCGCAGUUAGGCAGCUAACCUCACCGACAGGGAGCAGAACAAGAGCAGGCGUGUUGACAGCCAGGUUCGGGUUCAGCCAGCAGCGAACAUGGGCUUCGUCGACACGGAGAGUUUGCCUACAGAGACUCAGUCAGCUUCAGUCCGCGCUGAAAACCAGCCAGUACAGCUUCUGUACCAAGGCAGGAGGCCCUUUUGAAGAUGAUUACCCACCGCUGCCGACCUAUCAGUCUUAUUCAGAGGAGGAGAAGAAGGAGGUGUACAUUGUGCAGGUGAAAGGUUUUCCGUGGUCAUGCUCGGCCGGGGACCUCCGGGACUUCUUCUCAGACUGUAACAUCCGGGACGGAUUGAAGGGGAUCCAUUUUACUAUGAGCAGAUCAGGAAAGCCGUCAGGUCAAGCCUUCAUCGAGAUGGAGACAGAGAUGGACGUCAGCAAAGCUCUGGAGAAGCACCGACAGUACCUCGGUCCUCGCUACGUUGAAGUGUAUGAAGUAACGAACAGUGAGGCCGAAGACAUCUUGAAGACAUCCAUCCAGACUCUGUCUACUAGUAGGGUGGUGCGACUCAGAGGUCUCCCCUUCUCCUCCACCGAGGCUGACAUCACCCAGUUCUUUUCGGGUUUAGAUAUAGCAGAGAAAGGGGUCACCAUUGUCCCAGACCACUUAGGAAGAAACUCUGGAGAGGCGUUUGUGCAGUUUGCUUCUCAAGAGGCAGCAGAUGAGGCUCUGCUGAGAGACAAAGACAACAUUGGAAACAGAUACAUCGAAGUGUUCCCCAGCAGCACUGACGAGAUCCUUAUGAGGAUGAGGUCGGCAAACAGGAGUACUUCCUCACAGGCCGGCCCCCAAACUAGGUCCACUCAGAGCUCAGCCCUGCCUCUUCACUACAUCCAUAUGAGAGGACUUCCUUUCCAGGUGUCUGGACAAGAAAUUGUUAAGUUCUUCUCUCCUUUAGCUGUGUCUAAGAUCCUGAUUGAAUGCGGUCCUGACGGCAGGCUCAGCGGAGAGGCCGAUGUUUACUUCAGCUGCCACAGGGACGCCGCGGCCGCCAUGUCCAAAGAUAGACAGUACAUAGGAGAGAGAUACGUCGAGUUAUUUCUAAACUCUGUACCGGAUUGUGAUUGAAGGUGAAUGCUGACUCAAGAUGCCACACACACACACACACACACACACACACACACACACACACACACACAGGACUAGUGUAUUUAUGUUCCUGCCUGACUUGGACAUCAAACAAUAAACAUUCCUGGUGUCAAAAUAGAAA